AUGGUCUCAACUACACCAGCCAAGAUGGAAUAUAGAUACCUAGGCAGCUCAGGUAUUAAAGUUUCAGUUUUCUCUUUCGGAAACUGGCUUAAUUCUAACAAAUAAGAAGAUUACGAGAUAACCAGAGAUGCUAUCAAGAUCUGCUUUGAAAAUGGAGUUAACUUCUUUGAUACAGCUGAGGUUUACGGUAAUGGAAAUGCUGAAAGUCAAAUGGGCAAAGCAUUCAAGGAGCUAGGCUACAGAAGAGAAGAUCUUGUAGUCUCAACUAAAAUCUUCAAAUGUGGAGCUGGAGUCAAUGAUUCUUUCCUAUCAAGAAAACACAUCGUUGAAGGUCUAAGAAAUUCCCUCAAGAGAUUGGAAAUGGAUUACGUAGAUGUUGUCUUCUGUCACAGACCAGAUUUCGAGACUCCACUUGAGGAAACAGUCAGAGCUAUGAGCUAUGUCAUUGAUCAAGGUAUGGCAUUCUACUGGGGAACCUCAGAGUGGCCAGCAGAUAGAAUUUCAAAGGCCAUCGAACUCUGUACAAGAUUGAAUCUUCACAAGCCUAUUGUUGAAUAACCUCAAUAUAGCAUGCUAUGGAGGUCUUCAUUCGAAAAGGACUAUAGAAGAAUCUUUGGUGAGUACAGAUAUGGAAGCACUAUCUGGUCACCUCUAGCUGGAGGACUCCUCACAGGAAAGUAUAACUCAGGUGUUGCUCCAGAGGGAAGCAGAUACGACGUUCACAAAUACCUCGACCCAAUCUGGUCUAAAUGGAUGGCAGAAGACAAGAAGGAAGGCACAGUUACUAAACUCAGAGCUCUUGGAGAUCUUGCCAAAGAGCUUGGCUUUACUCAAGCUCAACUUGGUCUUGCUUGGGCUAUCGCAAAUAGAGAUGUCUCAACUUGCAUCCUUGGAUUCUCAAGAAUCGAGUAAGUUACUGAAAACCUCAAGGCAAUUGAGCUCUACUAACAGUGGAAUGCUGACAUCGAGAAGAAGGUCAGAGACAUUCUCGGAAAUGACCCAGAAGUCGAUAUGGACUGGAGAAAAUGGUCUCCAAUGCCAUUCAGAAGAGAUGAAGCACAAAAGUUAUGA